GAUUGGUGUGAGGGCCCAGACGCCGGAGGAGUUUCGGGGGUGGUUUUUGGAGACAAUGAAGAGGCGGGAGAGGAAGGUGCUGAAUAGUUUGGUCCAGAGUAGGGGCUCGCUGACUCUCGGGGUCGAUGCUUCCAACAUGAUUGAGGUUGACGAGGAUGCCGGGGAGGUGUAUAUCCAUGUUCCCUCUCCCAGCUUGUCUUCCUAUGCUAUCAGAUACUCGUUCAAGGCGCCCCUUCCCACACCGGAGGUACUCUUCGGAAAAGAAGAGGCUGAGGACGAGGACGAGGACGAGGAUGAAGCGCCUGGUGACAGAUCGACUCAGCAGAGAGUCAAUUCAUAUCAGGAGGCUCAAGGGCCUGAGAUUACGUUCAAUGCAGGUAUCUCUGGCAAUCUCCGGCGCUCUUUUCGUAAGAUGCAAUUUCAGUUUGAAGAUGGGGAGAUGAUGACACGAGCGGUUCCUCUACCCCUGUUCAUUGCAGGAAGAGACAUCAGUCUGGGCGCCGGCGUAAGCCAACGCUUUGCAGAUGUCGCGAGCAUGAAAGGGAUUCUGACCAAGCGCCCUUUUGCGUUUCUACGAGACUCAGCCUUUGCGUUGAACGCGGCACUCCUGCCGACUCCGUUGUUGCAAGGAACCAUUGCCACAGCAGUUCAGCCAAUUCCAGGAACGAAACCGUUCCAGGUCAACACGAGCGCCAUUAUCGCCAACUCGCUCCUAAAAACGCCGCCUAUACUUGCAAUGCAGGUGACAAAGGAGAUUGGUGAGAGGAAGCACGCCUUCUGCUCUUGGUCCAGUGGUACCAUCUCCUGGCCAACGGUGCUGCAGGUCUUAUUCAGCCCGAUUGCCAGCCUUGGGCUCGAUACGGAGUCGGCCAUAUCAAUGACUGCUUUUGCUCAGCCGAGUCAAUUCCAGCUGGGAUUCUUGUCGGUUCCCAAACAAAACAGGAAUACAGUUGUGCUGGGUGACGACGAGGACCAGGCGGCGGCGGAGGAGGAGGAGGAGGAUGAAGAGGAAGCUGAACUUAGACAGAUCCGCCGGAAGGCGCGCAGCGAGGCAACUGCUGCCGAGUCUUGGCAGGCGGUGGUCACCGCAUCACCUCAAGAAGCAGGACUGUCCUUCACGUAUGCUCGGAAUAUCUUCAAUGGCAAGGCAGCCAGCGAGCUUGCGCGCUCCGAGUGGAGCUCCGAGGGCCAUUAUUCUUUGCCGCCCGCGAGCGAGCCCCGGUCUGUGCGCGUUGAAGUCCAGAGCUCGGUGAAUAUGGACCUGUCCCUAGCCUGGAACAUCUCCGGCACGCGCCAGGUUGGCAGGUUCACCCGCGUGGGCUUUGGAGUCGGUGUCCAAGGAGGCCGUGGCCUCGUCAUGACAGCCUCCUGGAGCAGACUCGGGCAGAAGAUCUCCCUCCCCGUUGCGGUCUGUCCGAUGGAUGUCGUUAAUGCAGAUGCCGCCGCGCUUGCAGUUAUCUUCCCCUGGGCGGUUUACUGCGCACUAGAAUUUGGAUACAUCCGCCCGAGAGAACGGAGACAGCGCCGCCGCGCCAUUGCUCGGCGGCAUAAGCAGCUGAAGAGGUUAAUUCCGAAGAAGAGAGCAGAAAGCCAACAGGCAAUUGAGCUGAUGGCCGAACAUGUACACCGUCGGCAAGCGAGGGAGGAAGAGCAAGGUGGCCUGGUCAUCACCAAAGCUGAAUAUGGCCAUUACCCGUCGCCGAAGAGGUGGAUAAAUGACAGCACUAAUGCCGCUAAGGAUUUGGAGAUCGCUGAUGUGACGAUACCUGUCGCUGCGUUGGUGGACCACGGCCAGCUGGUGAUAACAAAGGACACAGUCAAGUUCCAAAUUCUCGGCUUCUACGAUCCAGCGCCUCUUCUCCCGAAGAAGCUGAAGAUUUGGUAUACCUAUCGCGGGACAGAGCAUUUCGUGGAAGCAAACGAUUCGGAGGCCAUUGCUUGUCCUAUGCGCACACAUCUACUUGGUUGAACGAGAUCCGAUCUGACCUACUUGAUCUGAUGAUUUCGCUUGAUCCCUUAACGUUCUCUUUUAUAUUGUCUCUACUCCUAUAAUCAUCGCCUCUUCUCCCCUCUUUUCACCCUUAUCCCGCUCAAACCAUCGUCACCCUCAAACCCGCAAGACUUGGCUUUUUCGAUUUGGCCAUACCAUUUAGUGAGUACCAUAGACAUGUCACUAUCCCUAUUGUGGACGGGAUUGUGAGACUAGUCACUUUGUUCUUGGUGUUGUUGGUGUGCUACAUUGUACCAUAUCACAAUUACAUAGUUAUAGAACUUGUCAGUAAGAGCACAAGUGUAU